AUGCCGCCGAAAAGACGAACCUCGAUUUUGAAAGUUCCCCAAUCGGAGCUCCAAGAGAUUCGCUCACAAGAUAUUGAAAACGAGAAUGGGGAUAAAUUCAGGCGUCGUGUCUCGUUCAGUCGAGAAAAAACUGUCCAACACUAUGAUAAGGUUGAUCAGCAGAUGUUUCACUCUCCGCAAAGAGAAUUGAUCAAUGAAGUCUCGGGGAGCACGGAAGGAUCAAAAAUGUCGAUCACAAAUUUGUCAACACCGAACAGAAAUACCCCGACUCCAGCUUUUAACACAACGUGCGAACUUUUUGGCUCAAAUUUUGGAGCUCUUCCAUCAUCGACCAUGCGCCAAGAUGUGGACAUGGAUUUCUCGGCAUUGCCUGAACCACAAGGAGCAGACAAUCGAUUUGAAACAACAACUCGUCUCUUCAGCGGAGGCAUGGGUGUAGACGAAUCGCUUGAUCAGCCGGAAAUGCUUCAAAACUUUUUGGGGAAUCCAUCAACGACGUUUCUCAAUGAAAAGACAAUGAAUCUCUUUUUGCAAGCUCCCGACACUACUCCUCGCCUUGAUUUUGGUUUGGGCCGACGAGGCGAAGUUGCAAAUUCAUUGGAUCGCACGGUUAGAACGUCUCUCGAUAUGGACAUUUCGACAUUCAGAGAAUCUCCAGCAGAUAGAACUAUGGAUCUGUUGGCGCCGGGUUUUUCUAACAAAGUACAAAUACCGAAUCCGCAAAACGACACAUCAGAAAUGGAUAUAUCGAGUGCUCAAGAGUCAACGAAGUGUCUUUUCACAAGGCAAGAAAAUCACGUUCUUAUAAACGAGUAUGAAGAAACAAUGCAGCUUUUUGGAAGGAACAAAAACGCAAAUGCGACCAGCAAUGUCACUGCUUUUAUGGAUAUUACAGAGUCAUUCACACUUGAAGCCACUUUAAUGCCUCAACACCAUGAUCAGAGUGAACAUAAUGAAACUGCCAAAGAGUUUGCGACGCCUCAACCGAAGGCGGACGUGGCUGAGAAGAGUUCUAUGAUCGUCAGUCCGAUCUUGCCCAAUGUGAGCACUUCAACAGCGAAUGAUUCUAUGACAACGCUCAAAACUCAUCAACAAGGAACUCCAAAAGCUGUCCCGCACAAGAAAAGCAGGAAGUUCACCGAUAAGCACGAGGAGUCAACGACUUCUGAAAUGGAGAAGAUCCGCGAUGCGAAAAACGAGUCCGAGGGCAUAUUGUCAAAUGUGUUGCAAAGUACCUUCAAUAUCUCCCAGUUCGCCGAAACAAUCCAUAAGGAGGAAAAUCAAUCCGAGUUCAUGUUAUCAAACACUCUACAAAAUACCUUCAAUAUUUCAAAGUCAUUUGAACGUAGCACAACAACAAAAUCGGCUCAAAAGUUGUCUACGGAGUCAUUUACGCUCGGGCAAACCACUUUGAUGCCUUAUCACGAACAGAGCGAACAUAAUGAAACUACUAAAGAAUUUGCGACACCUCAACUGAAUGUGGCUGAGAAGACUUCUAUGACCGUCAGUCCAAUCUCGCCAAAUGUGAGCACUUCAGAAUUGAAUGGAUCUACAGCAACGCUCAAAUCUUAUCAGCAAGGAGCUUCAAAAGUGUCCCCGGACAAUAUGAUCAACAAUGUCGCUGCUAUGGAUAUUACAGAAUCAUUUACGCUCGAACGCACCGCUUCGAUGCCUCAACACCAUACAUUGAAGUCGGAUGUGCCUGAGAAGAGCUUUAUAAUCUCCAGUCCAAUCUUAUCAAAUGUGAACACAUCAACAUUGAAUGAGUCUACAGCAACGCGCAGAUCUCGUCUACAAGGAACGCCGAAAUCUGUCCCGUACAAGAAAAGCAAGAACGACAUGGAUCUAUCAGCUGCAUUAGAGUUAACGAACAAAACCAUGACCAAUAAUGUCACUAAUACGGAUAUUACGGAGUCCUUACCUCUCGAGCGAACAACUUUGCUGUCUCAAUCUAAAAAUCCUGAAGUGUUCGACAGUGAUCCAAUAACUCCUAAAAAGAGUGAACACGAUGGAAUUGCCAAGGAAUUUGCGACAUCUCAACGGACAAUGAAUGAUUCUACAGCAACUCUAAAAUCCCGCCAACAAGCAACUCCAAAAGCUACCCCACGCAACAACAAAAACAAGAAAGAUAUGGACAUAUCAGCUGCAUUAGAGUCAACGCGUUUGUUCGAAGAAACCGAAUGUGCUCGUUUGCAUGAAGAAGUGUUGAGUAUACUGGAAAGCGCUCAACGAGAGUAUGAAUUCGAUCAACGGAUGGACAUGCUUUUGAAAGAAGCGAUCAUUCAAAAGGAGGCAAUCUCCGAGAAAACGAAACACUAUAGGGCCACUACUGCACGUGUCAAGGCUACUGCAAGGGCGAUCUGUUUUCGUGAAACGACCAACGAA